AUGGCACCCAAGUCACUCUCAGAGAGUGCCAAAUCAAACCCCACAGCAUUAGGCGAUCCAGUCUCUCUCAAAGCAGAAACAUCCGACAACGAGCCGACGAAGAAGUCUCAAACCAAAUCACAGACGAACCUUGACACCAUAGCCCCAUCACCAACAGAGGGCGAUUUAUCCAGCGACAAUGAUCAGGAUAGCUCAAAGAAGAGCCUGAAAGACAUUGCCAAACAAGAUCUUAAUGAGGCUAUGAAGGGGAACCCAUCUAUGUUGGGCGACCCCAUCAGUCUGAAGGCGGAAACAACGGAGAAGGAUCCGAUAGAGGAUGAUGAACGUGGCCAAAUUACGGAUAAUAAGAAGAGAGAUUCGAAACUGUGA